AAGGUUUUUCUUGUGGACGUCCUGUUCACUACAGAUGGGUGAUAAAGGAAAGAAGCCGCAGCCCAUGUGAAUUACGCCAGGUAGAUUAAUACAUGUCAAAGGGAAAUCUUCUUUAUUAAGUGUCCUGUUCUCGGGGAAGAUGGAGAAGGAUAGACUUUACAUGGCUGAGAGGAUAUUUAAUAUCACCCUAGAGAUAAUCUGUCUGCUGACUGGAGAGGACUGUACAGUUGUAAACAAGUGUGGUGAACGUGUGACACCUAGCAGCCAUUCCUAUUUGACAAGAGGUUGUAGAAGUACCCAGAGUUCCAUUAUAUUGUUAGAUAAGGGGAACAAUGAUCAGAAGAUCCUGGACCUCACCAACAAGAUCAUUGAGCUGCUGACUGGAGAGGUUCCUAUAAGAUGUCAGGAUGUCACUGUCUAUUUCUCCAUGGAGGAGUGGGAGUAUAUAGAAGGACAUCAGGAUGUGUACAAGGACAUCAUGAUGGAGAAUUGCAAGCUUCUCACAUCUCCAGGUGUACCAGAAGCCAAAAUUAAGGAGAAAUUGUCCUCACCAAGAAAUGUUAACCUCACGGCCACUGACAUUUAUGUACCCACACAAUAUCCAUCUACUGAUAUGAAUUCAAAAUCUUUCUUGUGUGAUGGAGGAAAUUCAUCAGACACUGACUUUUAUAUAGAAUGUCCAACUAUUCAUAUUAAAGAGGAGUCGGAUGAAGAUGAAAAUGACACAGACACUUAUGCAGACAAUAUUCAGCUUUAUCCGUUGACUCUUACUAAAGAGAAAACGACCUCUUGUGAAAAAGGAGAUAUCACUGAUAUUGACAUUUGCACAGAACAAACCUACUAUUCCUCUGCUGACCAAGGAGCAGACGCUGAGUUUCAGAAUUAUUACCCUGACAAUGUUGAUCUUCGUAAGAAUGAAGCUGUUCAAGAAGAGCCACCAUCUAUUAUUUGUUCUGAAUGUGGAGAAUGUUUUUCCACUGACUCAAUGCUUGUUCUUCAUCAAAGAGUUCACGGAGGGCGGAAGAUACAUUGUUGUCCAGAAUGUGGAAUGUGUUUUAGCAACAGCACGUACCUUAGCAGUCAUCUUAAAAACCAUACUAUAGAAAAGCCAUUUGCUUGCUCUGAGUGUGGGAAACGCUUUGCCAACAAUGAAGAGUGUGUGAAGCAUGAAAACGCUCACACCAUCAGGAGACCUUAUAUCUGCAAUGUAUGUGGAAAGUAUUUCUCCAACAACUCAAACCGCGUUAGACACCAGAAAAUACAUACAGACGAAAAGCCAUUUUCUUGCAAUGAGUGUGGAAAAAGUUUUCGACGUAAGACGCAUCUCACUAUACAUAGUAGGGUUCAUACAGGAGAGAAGCCAUUUAAUUGCUUGGAAUGCGGGAAGUGUUUCAGCUGUAGUGCUCACCUUACCGCACAUCGCCGUAUUCAUAGAAGAGAAGCUGUUUUCUUAGUUUGAAGAAACCAGGAAUUUAUUUGGUCGUCUACAGCAGGCAAAAAGAGAUUAGAUAUCUUUGGAUACAAGGCCUGUAAAAAUCACAAAGGCUAUGGCAAUUCUGACAAGUGUUUUAGCCGUAAAUGGCCUACAUCCCACACAUUAGGUAUUUUACAUACCGUAUAUUAAAUAAGAUUAUUGUUUUAAAAGUAUUGCCUACAUGACUCAAACAUACCAGGAAUUUUACUCCCAUCAUGUAUUUGGAGCAAGGUGUACUUAAAUUGUGCUCAGGAUUGCAAAUCACAUGUGACAAACACUGAACAGUGGUGCAGCGCAAUGUUUUCUCCAUGGUGUCAUUUGUGGAUGUUACAUAAUAGCUCAGAGCUCACUGCUUUGUGCCAUAAGGCAUAUUUUACCAAAGCAGUCUUAAAA